GCUAACUUGAUAACAGUGUUGCUUCUCUUUGUCAGAGGACCGACUUCCGUUUUCAUGUUUGGUCCAGGUUUCUGGAAUUUACUGUCUAGUGAGAUUCUGAGCCAUCUCUCGCUUAAACGAACAGCCGUUGCGAUCUAGUGUUUUCGAGACGGAGCUGAUAAAAGCUCAUCCAUUUCAGCCUGUCCAGAGUUUGAGUCCGUCAUUCUAGUUCAUCCUUGAAAAACACGACUGUUUACCUAGCUAGCUGGCUAGCAUCAGCCAGCUGAGUUAAAUCUCCUAGCAUGUUUCGGUUCUUGAAUGACGUUGAUGACGACCCCUACAUGAUCUCCCACUCACAUCACAGUAUGGAUCCAUUUGCGGCUCACCGGCAGCAGAUGCGGCUCAUGUUCGGACCGUUCGGCAUGGAUCCCUUUGCUAUCGCUCCCCAGAUUCAACCACCCCGUGCACCACGCAGACAGGCUGGUCCACUGGCCCCGUUCGGCAUGAUGGGAAUGGGUGGAGGCUUCAUGGAUAUGUUUGGCAUGAUGGGAGAAAUGAUGGGAAAUGUGGAAAGAAUGACCGGUUCACCAAACUGUCAGACGUUUUCCUCUUCGACAGUGAUCUCCUACUCCUCUUCAGACGCAGGGCCUCCUGAAGUUUAUCAGCAGACCAGUAGUACGAGAACAGGCCCUGGAGGGAUCCGUGAGACGCGGCAGUCGAUGAGGGACAGUGAGAGCGGCCUCGAGCGUCUCGCCAUCGGCCACCACAUCGGGGAGCGUGGACAUAUAAUGGAGCGUUCACGAAAUCGCCGCACCGGAGACCGCGAGGAACGACAAGACUUCAUUAACCUUGAUGAGACUGAUGCCGACGCAUUUGAUGAGGAGUGGAGGAGGGAGGCAGGCAGGUAUGUCCCCCCGACUGCCCGGGCGCUCGAAUACGGCCGCGAUCGACGGGGAGGAGGCCAGCAGCUGGCCCUCACUGCCCCUCCCACCUCAACGACCCCACCAGGCCAUCGGCACGAGUCCCCCAGACACCGUCAGCCCCAAACCCGUCAACGUUACGACUGGUGAGAGGUGUCACACUUGGGCGACCAGAUGGAAGGAGUUGUUGAGGGAAGAUUUCCCCCGAUGCUGUGAAACACGCUGAAGACGGAAGUUGAUGAUCGUCACAACUGCCCGUCGUAAAUGUUUGAUAUGACUGGACUGUCUAUUCAUGAACAACAUACACACGUACACACACACACACACACACAAAACAAAACCCCACACGCUUGAUAGUUACAUUUACAGUUCUCCCUCUCCACUGUUACACACACACACACCACACACCACACACCACACACACACACACACACACACACACACAACCCGAACCUGGGUAUAACUACACUCACUUUAUAUAUACUCAUUCUCAAAACUUGACAUGUGUUUUUGCCCACUGCACUAAAGUGCUUCAGUAUACAGUACAUCUGCUGUACAGUCCAUUUUAUGUUUGUGAAGACACUAGUGUGUCAGUGAAUUGAAUUGUAUACUGUUAACUAAUUAAUCUAACUAAAUAAAAGUUCAUUAAACAUUGUUAGAUAAUAACAAAAUGUGUCUCUGUUGUGGUUGUGUUUGAUAUUGCACGGCUUUAAUAAUAAAUUAGUGUUUUUCCUAAUAA